AUGAUCAAGACAUCCAACGACCUCAAACAACAGGAGGAAGAGGAGAAGUUAUCUCCGAAUGAUAAAAAAAUCAUCUUCGAUCUUCGCGGGUUUUCAUGCGGCCAUUACGAAUAUCUGAAUAGCAGGCUCGCUUACAGCCCCGACAUCACAUGGAACGUCAAAGGAUCAGCCAAAUUUGCUAGGGAUUCGCUUAUAAUCUCAUACGAGUCUAUCCGAGUUGAAAUCCCAUAUCGUACCGUCGAUGAGAUAGUCGUCGCUAGCGUUCGUCAAAUACCUACGUUGACCUUAACACUAUGGGAAGCACCUCGACUAUUUGAAGCGCAUGCUUCGCCUCAAGAUAUCUCAUCGCACAUGAAUAAAUUGGCAAUUUCUGGACCUACCCCAGGCCCAAUCAAGGCUUCUAGGCUUCGGUUAAGCCACCUACCACACAUUAGCGCCAAUCAUGCGGCAAUCCUAGGGCAGAGCCUCGUGUAUAGUAUUCAGGUAUCGCCUGUCGAAUUUAACUCUAGGCUUCAGCGACUCAAGCAAAAGGAAAAGCUUAAGAUUUCGUACUAUGAAUUCCCGGAUGUCUUGUACGGCCGAACCUCUAUGGCCGAGGGGAAUGAGGCAAUAAGAGCUCUACUCGAUGAAUACCAGGCUAAUUCCACCAUUCCCUUCGAUAUUCUUUUCCAGUUUGAAGCUCUUGCUCAAAACGGCUAUCUUUUGCCACAGACGGUCGAGGUACUACUCAAGCGCCUUCGCCAGAAAACCCAUGUCCCUUCCACCAAUGGCUAUUUAGGCGCUCAAGUUAAUGGGAAUUACCGAAUGAACAUAAGUAACAACGGAACUAAUGGUGUUAAUAAUGCACCAACUCCUUCCCCAUGUCCCAUCUCCGCAGGUGCGGUCAAGAAGCUCUUUUCCCAAAUACCAUUCCCUAGCCCAAAUGUGGAAGCAAACACAUUUGAUCCAGACGAGAUUUGGUCAUAUCUGGAAGCCAAUGAAAAGGAGAUCCGUCGUGGCACCGUAAAGGAGCUGAUAUCGGAGAGGGCAAGUCAGAGUCUUGUGAUGGUAUACAAAGUGCAGGUUACCCCCACUCGAAUCACCCUUCUUGGACCUGAACCAGAAGCGAAAAACCGAAUACUACGGAAGUUUCCUGACCAUAUUAGCUACUUCGCCCGUGUUCAAUUUUGCGAUGAAGAUGGCCAGGAUCUAUUUUUUAGUUCCAAGGUGUCGCUUGACUCGGUCUGGGCACGGUUCAAGAAGGUCCUCUUACAAGGGGUUCAUAUCGCUGGUCGCGAUUACAGAUUCUUAGGGUUUUCUCAUUCCUCUCUUCGAGCACACAGUGUAUGGUUAAUGGCUCCCUUCACCGAUCAUGAUGGUCACUCGCAGGACUAUGCCCGUGUGAUUUCGCUUCUCGGGAGAUUCAAUAAUAUCCACUCGCCGUCCAAAUGUGCUGCUCGAAUCGGCCAGGCUUUUUCCGAGACUCCAUUCUCUAUCGAUCUUCAAAGUGUUGGAGCUCGUAUCGAGCAUAUUGGUGAUGUGACGUCUAAAGAUGGAGAGAGAGUGUUCAGUGAUGGGGUUGGGACAUUGUCUAGAUCAUUGAUGGAGGCUAUUCAUGUCUCCCUACCACAAAAUAGAAACACGGCCACGUGCUUCCAGAUUCGAUGGGCAGGUGCUAAAGGAAUGCUUUCCUUGGAUGACACCCUCCAGGGAACAACUAUGCGCAUUAGACCGAGUAUGAUUAAAUUCGAAAGCGAAGAUAGCAAAUACCUGGAGAUAUGUGAUAUGGGGAACAGGCCUAUCCCCCUUGUUCUUAAUCGUCAAAUGAUCAAGAUCCUUGAGGAUAUGGGUGUCACAAGCGAAUGGUUCCUCCAAGUUCAAAACCUCGAACUUGAGAGACUACGCAUGAUCACUUCCCAGAUCCAUAAUACCGUCACAUUCCUCAAGAGACAAAAGGUUGCAGAGCAAAUCAACUUCUCAAAAUUCAUCCGCCGUCUCCAUAAGCUGGGGAUAGACUACAAAAAGGACAACUUCCUCUGUUCUGUUGUUGAGACAGUUGUCUUAAGAGAGGUCCGUCUUCUCAAGCAUAAAGCCCGUAUUCCAGUCGAGAAAGGUGUCACACUCUUCGGCGUUAUGGAUGAGUUUGGGUUUUUGGAGGAGGACGAAAUCUACGUCACGUUUGAGCAAGAAAAGCUUUACAAAAAGGGUGGGAUUAAUAUAGACCUUCAUAACCGAUUGGUAUUGAUAACAAGGUCCCCUGCUCUUCAUCCGGGCGAUAUUCAACUACGGACAGUGGUCGUACCUCCGGAUUAUCAUCCCCUCCGGUCGCUCUCGAACUGUGUUGUAUUCAGCAAGAAAGGAAAUAGAGAUCUUCCUAGUCAGCUAAGCGGUGGAGAUCUUGAUGGCGAUAUCUACAACAUCAUUUGGGACGAGUUUGCUGUCGACCCAUCGCUGCUGGAGUUUGCCCCAGCGGACUACCCCCGUGUUAAUCCCCUGGACUUUGGUCGGGAGGUGACAUGGGAGGAUAUGACGAAUUUCUUUGUCGAUUUCAUGGCUACCGAUCAGUUAGGUGUAAUCGCUACGAAACACUUGAUUCUUGCCGAUAGGAAGCCUGCAGGCUCGGUUGAUGAUGAAUGUAAACUUCUUGCUGAGAUGCAUUCUACAGGCGUGGAUUACAGCAAAUCAGGUAUUCCUAUCGAUAUUAACAAGCUUAGAGGUCUGACAACAACAAAAUACCGCCCAGAAUUCAUGGCACCUGCCCCUCCCGCGAACAUCGUCGACAAGACAGAAAUCGUGUUUGAAACAAUGAAAGCCCUAGUACCCGAAGACGAAGAUGACGAUAGCGGUCCCGGGCAUGUAUAUUACAACUCGGACAAGAUUCUUGGCGCGCUAUACAGAGCUAUUGACGAGAAGCGGAUCUGGAAAAACGACAUUCAUCAAUAUGUUAGCCGCGUUGGCCCUUCAGUAUGGGAGCAGCUGCUUCAAUAUAUCAACGGUAAAUGCAACGAGCUAGGGUAUGUCGACUGGGAGGCAGCCCUAGAUGAAGCCCGCCGUAUCCGUGAUGCAUACGAUGAUGCGGUUUGGACUGCAACCAUGGAAUAUUCUGAUAGUUUUACCAAAGGCCUUUCGGAGCUUGAGGUCUUUACGGGGUAUAUCUUUAAUAAGACAGGUGCUCAGACUCGCCGGCAGCGAGACAGGUCGGUCCGCCUCAAAGACGAUUAUGAUGCACUCGCACGAUGGGUCGAAAGCAUGAUCCGCAAGAAAAAGGUAGACCCGCGAGACAGCGAUGAUGUCGAUUAUGAUAGCGACAGUAAUAUAGAUUCGACAGGCUACUACACUGAUAGCCGGCACCACGACAGCACGCCGCUUGAACUGAGCAUUGCCUGUCUCCACGUCGGUAUCGCCAAGCCGAAGAGCUUUGGCAGAAACAAGGAUGACUUCCAGACGUUCAAGGUAAUCAGUGCACAGUGUGCACUGACCGAACUCGAACUUGCUCUCCAGCGGCAGGAAUUUGCCACUGGAGCAGCGAUUUUUGCGGCAGCGACUAAACGAGCUCCGCGAGUAGGGGUGGUUCCUUGA